GGACCUUUCAAAAUUAGCCCUUCUCGUGAAGGCGCGUUCUCUGAGUCGUCGACGUUGCAGCGAGAAAUGUCCGCCCCGCAACAAAGCGCCGAGAAGGACAAUGCCUCCGUCAUGACAAAGCCGACUCCGCGCUGCGCCAGCGACGCCCACGGGACGUCGAAGAGCCGGCGACCAGCUACAUCGGGGGCCAAGAAAGAGGCCGUGUCCGAGCGGGCGGUGUCCAGGCAGGUGAUGAAGCCCGUCAAGUCGGGCAGCGCCGACUCCAAGCCUGUGAUGUUGGACCCGGAACAACUGGAUUCCCUGCUCAAGGACAUCCCAGAGUCAGACGCGGCCGGAGCAAAGGGCGCAUCGUCGAAUGGCAAAACCGCAGAGGACCAUGGCGAUUCGGCAGUGAAGGGAGCGGUUCGCAGGAAGGCCGUAUCUGCGUCCACAGGUCCCGUCAAGGUGGUCACCACGGAGCAACACCGCGUCGUCACUGACGAGAUUGGGUUCGAUGCCCCGCGAGAGGACACGACGACGACGUCAUUCGAAGCCCACGUGCGCAUGCGCAUGUCACGUCCGCGGGUGCCGGAGGGCAAAGCUAUCGGCAACGCAGUGCGGGAAGACCAGACGCACGGCCGCGGCGUGGCCACUUCCCAGAGCAACCAGCGAUCGUCGUCUCGUCAUUCCAAAGCCUCGGGAAGGGCGUCACGAUCAGCCUGUCCCGACUGCGGCGGAGGCGUCGCUGGUGUCGAAACCGGAGGAAUCACGUGCGGCUGCGACUAUGGUGCCUGCUGCUGCUGCUGCGCGCGCAGCAGCCAGCAAGAGUCAGCGGCGUGCUGCAGCGCGAGCGGCAGCAGCACCUGCUCGUCUUGCUCGCAGGAGGAAGCGUACCAUACUGACGCGUCGUCCCCACGAGACCAGUGGUUCAGCGCCGGCAGCGUCUCCUCGACGUCGGCCUGCAGCACCUGCCGGGAGCCAGAGAUUGGCGCUCUACUACGCACCACCGCCUCUUUCUGCGAGACUCUGGCGAUGGCACUCAGCGGCGAGCAGCACGGAGCCAGGAAGCACUGACCGGGCGUUCCGAGCUCGGAAGAGCGCUGUGGAGCUAUAGCGGGAAACGUUAGCUUCACUGCCCCUGCACAUCUCUCUAUUAAUACAAUGUCGGCCCCCGGUGACGACUCGAUCGUUUCUGUAUAUACCUUUGACAAGUUGAGUUCGGUGGGUCCGUCCCGGACUAGCACACCCUGCAUCUGCUGUUGCUAUAGAAUAAUCUGCCUGCGGCCGUUUUUCGUUCCAGUAAGAAACGAUGUUCGUCCCUUCUAGCUCUAUCAGUAAAUUACCCUUCUACAAUACCAAGAAAGUCGCUGUUAGCUAAGCCAGAAAAGACACAGAAAGCGAAAGACAGCUACAUCUGGCGACGGCGCCUCGAAGUUUACGCAGCUAGUUCACCGUGACAUCGUGGACAUCGUCCAUUGAAGGAUUCUUCUCGGGUCUAUAGUUAAUUUUUAUUAGCAAAGAUUGACUGCAUUGUAUCCUAAAAGGGCCAACGACUGGACUCGCAGUUUCAAAAACUUUAACCGUGUCCCAGCGGCCCAAAUUCGAAACAAAAAACGGAAUGAUUUGUGACGUCACACUGACGUA